GACCCCGACUUCGAGAUCUCUUCCGCUGCCCCGGCACCCAAAUCCGAACCGUCGACGACACAUUCAAGCACACAAUCAAAUACACAGCACACAAGAGAGACCAACACAGCCCCUCAUCCCCCUCAAGAGUCUGCUAGCGGGUUUGGUGCCGAAGAGGCCGAGGAACCGUCAACUGCCCAGGACACACCGUUCACGCCGUCAGGCAAUGCGUAUGCAGAUGCUCAGGUGAUGGCCGAGAAGCUCUCGAUGAUGCUUCGGAAGAUUGGUGCGUAG